GCUCAGGAGCCCUUUAACUCAUUGACACGAAUGACACCACAAUGGCGGUGUUUACCUGAGUGCCACCCACUGCCGACGCAUUGGUGACGUUUGCUCUUUGUUCACCUUCAGUGGUCAUUGUAUUGUCGCUGUGUUUGUGUUCAUAUAAGCUGAUGGAGCACAUCCGACUACCAAAGGUGCAGAAGGUGAGGCUGCUUGACCGAGUGUUCCCCAGAAGAAGCAGCGUGGGCACCCUCUACCUGACAGCCACUCACACCAUCUUUGUGGAGAGUGAUGGAAUGCGCAAUGAAACAUGGGUGCUUCACAGUUUGAUUUUUGGUGUGGAGAAACACACAUCCACACCAUCAGGAUGCCCCCUCCUAAUGCGCUGCAAGAACUUCCAAGUUCUUUAUUUUGUCAUUCCUCAAGAGCGAGAAUGCCACGAUGUGUACGUGUCUCUGCAGCGCCUCGCCCAGCCAGAGCGCUAUGAGGAGCUGUAUUGUUUUUCCUAUAAACCGAACAUGGAUGAGAAUGAGAAAGGACAGGAAUGGGACUUUGUGGACCUCCGAGCUGAGUACAGCAGAAUGGGACUCCCAAACUCCCUGUGGAAACUCUCCUCGGUCAACCGGCACUACAAGGUGAGUGACACUUACCCUGCUGAACUCUUUGUCCCUGAGUCAACAACUCCUUCGGUCAUCGCAGGAAGCUCCAAGUUCAGGAGCAGAGGUCGAUUUCCUACUCUGUCGUACUACUCCAAAGACAAUCAUGCUGCCAUCUGCCGCAGCAGUCAGCCCCUGUCAGGCUUCAGCGCUCGCUGCCUGGAGGAUGAGCAGAUGUUGAAGGCCAUUCUGAGGUCCAAUCCCCGCAGAGACUUCAUGUAUGUGGUGGACACCAGGCCCAAGUUGAAUGCGAUGGCCAAUCGAGCAGCAGGAAAAGGCUAUGAAAACGAGGACAACUACACUCACAUUAAAUUCCAGUUUGUCGCCAUCGAGAACAUCCAUGUAAUGAGGAACAGCCAACAAAAAAUGCUAGAAGUGUGUGAGCUGCGUUCCCCCUCCAUGUCUGACUUCCUGGAGGGCCUGGAGAGCUCAGGCUGGCUGAAACACAUUAAAGCUGUUUUGGAUGCAAGCGUCUUCAUCGCCAAGGCUGUUGCGGAGGAUGGUGUCAGCGUCCUAAUUCACUGUUCAGAUGGUUGGGAUCGUACUGCUCAGGUGUGCUCAGUGGCCUGUGUGCUGCUGGAUCCUUACUACCGGACCAUCAAAGGACUUAUGGUUCUAAUCGAGAAAGACUGGGUCUCAUUUGGUCACAAAUUCUCUCACAGAUGCAACCAUCGGGUUGGAGACCCGAAAGAGGUGUCUCCCAUUAUCGACCAGUUCCUGGAGUGUGUAUGGCAGCUGAUGGAGCAGUUUCCCUGUGCCUUUGAGUUCAAUGAGCGGUUCCUAAUCACCAUUCACAGCCACAUCUACUCCUGCCAGUAUGGCAACUUUAUUGGAAACAACCAGCGGGAGAGGAUAGAACUGGGACUUUGUACAAGGACCCACUCUCUGUGGAGUUAUCUGUGGUCAAACCGUGCAGAUUACGCCAACCCCUUGUACAGACCAAACCACAGCCAGGCACAGGGCCUCCUGCGGCCAUCUACUGCCCCCUGCAGGUUUAAAUUUUGGAGGGGUUUGUACAACCGGUUUGACCGCGGGAUGCAUCCUCGUCAAUCUGUCGAGGAUUACCUGAGGGCCAUUCAAGAGGAAACACAGCAGUUGGAGGAGCUGCUCGCCUCACAUAAGCAGAAAAUUGCUGAACUGGAAGAAGAGCAGGUGUGGAGAUGCACCCGUAAAGCCACCACCUAUGAUAAAAGCCCCACAGCCUGGGUUGUUAGUAACGACCUGGGCUUGGCAAACACCCCUCAAGACUACACCUCAGGCUUCCUCACCAGCAGCCCCUGUCAGCCCAAAGCGCCACGCAGCAACCUGACCCUCUCGCCCCAAGAUUUGAAUCGAACGUUCGACUCCAACAACUCCAACGGCAGCGACCGGGAGUCUGGAAUAGCGGACGUGAGCUGCCGUUCACCCUUCAGCGAGGACAGCGCCAGGGAUCAAGACUCUGACGAUACUGCCUAAUCAGCUGCUUAAAAGAUGUAAGCAGCUACUGAAAUCUCACUACAGCGCUGAAAAAACACUACCUAUAGAAUUACGUACUCAAAAAAACUGGCUUUUUUUCUCAUUUCAGCCAAAAGUCAUAUUCAGGUUGCAUAAAUAAGUUGUGUGCAUGUGGUGUUGAACAUAUACUCGAACACUGUUUACCGUAGCGGACCACAUUGUAGUUUCCACACAAAGAACAAAAUUAAACCGUUACUCUGUGCAGACAGUUUAAAAUAGUCAAGUGCCUCCUGGGCCAUUUUGUAAGCCCAUUAUACACUCCAAAAAACAUUAUCAUGAGUGAGGAGCCAAAACACUUCAGACUUCAGAGUGCAUGUGAAGUGGAUGUUUAUGUACAUCGCCUCUUUGGUGUAUUUAUGCAGCACAUGGUUUACUUCACAAUGCAAACACAUGCAAAAAAAAAAAAAAAGACCAGAAGCAACAUGAUAAUAGUUGAUGCAUUGCAACAAAUGGUAUUUACUUGAAUCUGCUUCAAUCAUGUAUGGAAGAAAGUCAUCUUAUCAAAAUGAACAAAUAUUUUAAUCAUGAUACAAGGUGAAUAUGGCUUGUAAUUUUUUUGUUGUUGUUGCUAUAGUGACAUUGUCACUCGUAGCCUUCAUGUGGAACAUUUAGUGGAUGGCGCCAACAGUGGACCGCAUGUAAACUCAAAGUAUAACUGUGUUAGUAGGAGAAUCUGCCUAUUAUUGUACUGUAUAACAUUGCCAAUGAACAAUGCAGCAUGCAGGUAUAUUUUUGUACUGUAUUUUUUUGUUUAUUUGUAAUCCUCCUUGCAUGCAUGUCAUUUGGUUGUAUCCAAAAAGUUUACAUUAUUUUGAUAAGGGCAUUUAUUUGUUGAUGUGGAAUGACUGUGUAAUGAAUUGUAAUUUUUUUGGUCAAAUAAAAUAAGAUGUCACUGUCACCUA